AUGACUUCAUUCGACGCCUACACCGACCGCGCCGCGAAGGCUCUAGCAGACAGCUUCGAUCUAGCUAAGGGCUAUGCGCACUCACAACUCACACCCCUCCACCUCGCCGUCUCGCUCAUAGAUCCGCCCAAGGAUCUGGCGAACCAAGUCGACGUACCGCCGCCGCCGCUAUUCAAGCAAGUCCUCGAACGCGCGAAUGGCGACCCACAACUCUUCGAGCGCAACCUCAAGAAGGCUAUGGUACGGUUACCAAGCCAAGACCCUCCGCCAGAGCGGACUUCACCUUCACCUGCUAUGGCCAAGGUGCUCCGCUCCGCCGAAGACUUGAGCAAGACACAAAAAGACAGCUUCAUCGCCGUCGACCACCUCAUCCAGUCCCUCUGCCAGGAUGCGCAAAUGCAACGGAUCCUCGCCGAGUCCAACGUACCGAACGUCAAGCAAAUCGACAACGCCAUCUUGGCACUCCGAGGUACAAAGCGGGUGGACUCCAAGUCGGCAGACGCGGAGCAGGAGAAUGAGAACUUGAAGAAGUUCACCAUCGACAUGACGGCAAUGGCACGAGAGGGCAAGAUCGACCCAGUCAUUGGUAGAGAAGACGAGACACGCAGAGUCAUCCGCAUCUUGACUCGGCGAACCAAGAACAACCCAGUCCUCAUCGGAGAACCUGGUGUUGGUAAGACUACAGUCGUCGAGGGUCUUGCCCGCCGCAUUGUCGAUGCGGAUGUACCGGCCAACCUCGCAGCCUGCAAGCUGCUCUCGCUCGAUGUCGGUGCUUUGGUUGCUGGCAGCAAGUACCGCGGAGAGUUUGAAGACCGCAUGAAGGGCGUCCUGAAGGAGAUCGAGGAGUCGAAGGAGAUGAUAGUAUUGUUCGUCGACGAAAUCCAUCUCCUCAUGGGUGCUGGUUCAUCCGGAGAGGGCGGCAUGGACGCUGCCAACUUGCUGAAGCCCAUGCUGGCUCGUGGUCAGCUCCACUGCAUUGGUGCGACUACCCUCGGCGAGUACCGAAAGUACAUCGAGAAGGACGCUGCCUUCGAGCGUCGUUUCCAGCAGGUCCUCGUCAAGGAACCGUCCAUUCCCGAGACCAUCUCCAUCCUCCGUGGUCUCAAGGAGCGCUACGAGACCCAUCACGGUGUCACCAUCAUGGACGGUGCCAUUGUCGCAUCAGCCACCCUUGCUGCUCGCUACCUCACUCAGCGCCGACUACCCGACUCUGCCGUUGACCUUAUCGAUGAGGCUGCGGCAGCCGUCCGUGUCACCCGAGAGUCACAACCCGAAGCGCUUGAUAACCUCGAGCGACGCCACCGACAACUACAGAUCGAGAUUCACGCGCUCUCCCGAGAGAAGGACGAAGCCUCACAAGUCCGUCUGAAGGAGGCGCGCGCAGAGGCCGCCAACAUCGAAGAAGAGCUGAAGCCGCUUCGUGAGAUGUACGAGCGCGAAAAGGGUCGCAGCAAGGACAUCCAGGAGCAGAAGCUCAAGCUCGAAGGUCUCAAGACGAAGCUUGCCGAAGCCGAACGUAUGCGCGACAUCCAGACUGCCUCCGAUCUCAAGUACUACGCCAUUCCCGAUGUCGAGCAGCGCAUCAGCGAGCUGGAGAGGGACAAGGCCCGCGCGGAUGCAGAGAUGUGGUCUCACCAAGCUAGUGGAGGUGGUGAGGCUCUCAUGAGCGACUCCGUUGGUCCAGACCAGAUCAAUGAGAUUGUCGCCCGCUGGACCGGUAUCCCAGUCACUCGACUCAAGACUACAGAGAAGGACAAGCUACUCAACAUGGAGCGGCACCUCCAAGAAGUCGUCGUUGGCCAGAGGGAGGCUGUCGUCUCUGUCUCCAACGCCAUUCGACUUCAGCGCUCUGGUCUGGCCAACCCCAACCAACCGCCCAGCUUCUUGUUCUGUGGUCCUUCCGGUACCGGUAAGACACUUCUCACCAAGGCUCUUGCAGAGUUCCUAUUCGACGACGCAAAGGCCAUGAUCCGGUUCGACAUGUCCGAGUACCAAGAGCGUCACUCCCUCAGCCGAAUGAUCGGAGCACCACCCGGCUACGUAGGCCACGACGCCGGAGGCCAGCUCACCGAAGCCCUACGCCGCAAACCCUUCUCCAUCCUCCUCUUCGACGAAGUCGAAAAGGCCGCCAAGGAAGUCCUCACCGUGCUCCUACAACUCAUGGACGACGGCCGCAUCACCGAUGGCCAAGGCCGCGUCGUCGACGCAAAGAACUGCAUCGUCGUCAUGACCUCCAACCUGGGAGCCGAGCACCUGUCCCGCCCCAACGCACCCGACGGCAAGAUCGACCCCACCACCAAAGAAAUGGUCAUGGGCGCCCUCCGCAACUGGUUCCUCCCCGAGUUCCUCAACCGCAUCUCCUCCAUUGUCAUCUUCAACCGCCUCACCAAGCGCGAGAUCCGCAAGAUCGUCGACGUGCGCCUCGGCGAAAUCCAGAAACGUCUCAACCAGAACGGACGUAAUGUGCGCAUCGAGAUGACGCCUGAGGUACGGGAUUACCUUGGUUCGGCGGGCUACUCGCCUGCGUACGGUGCUAGACCGCUUGCUCGUCUUAUCGAGAAGGAGGUGCUCAACAGGCUUGCGGUGCUUAUCCUCCGUGGUUCUAUCAAGGAGGGUGAGACGGCGAGGGUUGUGCUUGAUGAUGGACAUAUCAUGGUCUUGCCCAACCACACGGAUAGCGAGGACGAUUCGGAGAUGUACGAUGAGUCUGAUGCUGUUGCUGAGUUGGAUGCGGAGGAGGAUAUGGAUCUUUAUGACUAG